GCACGGUCUGAUUGAAGUGCAGCGAACUACGGGUUCGCUUCGGUUCGAGCAUAAGCGGGGGACGUAUUGAAAGCAAUCGGAAGCAAAGCGCAAUUUCCCAAUAUAAAAGCAUUGAACCGGCUUUUGUUCAAUGCUUAGCUUGGGUUGCUGCAACUAUUUGUCCGGCACCGAAAUUUUUUUUGUUUCGAAAGUGCAAGCUUAAAAAACGUUGAAAAAAUUAGAUAAGAUAAAAAUAAAUAUUAUCAUAACUCAUCAGGAGUAGCAGUUGUAGUUUGAGUGCAUUGUAGCUGUGAUUGUAACCAUGUGGCGUGAAUACGUAGUCCUUGCGUUGGGCGCCCUCCUGACUGUCACCCAGUGCUUCGAGUUAAACAUGGCGCAAUACUAUGAGAUGCCGCCGCUUUUCCAUUUCGACAACUACGACCGUUGCUUGCAGAAAGUGAAUGUGGAUGCGGCCACCUACUGCUUUGUUCGGUCCGAGGUGCAGCCCAAUAGAACAUCAGCUGUUUGGCAGGCCAUCGAAAAAGUAUCUAUAUAUAAUAAACACCACUUUGACCAUCGGCAGCUCUACUUUGGACUGUGCAUGCAUAACUGUCAGUCGGAGUUAGCCAAAUUGGAUGUAAAUUCUCUGCGAAAAUUUCAGGGAGGCAACCUAACGGACAAUGUCGUCGUAAAUGUAUACCUGAAUCUAUUUGAUGCCGAGGCAGCCAACCGGGCCCGCUACAAUAACCUGAGCAACAUCUGUCUCAACUGGCGACUGCAUCAAAGAGGCUAUGACCUGCAGGCUAAAAGUGUGAUUGAGUAUUGCGAUAAAAGAGAUAUCCCUGGCAAGGCCAUGCUACUAAAAGAUGAUGCUUGGAACUUGACCUUUUACGUGGUGCUGUGUGUACUGAUCUCCUUGGCCACCGUAAGCAGUCUUGUCGAUUUAGUUUUGAACAUUCGUUGUCAAGAUAGAUCGUUGAAUAAUUACGUUCACUACAAGACCACGCCUCGUGGUUUCGGUGUAAGGAUAUUGAUCACAUGCUCAUUGGCAAGGAAUUGGUAUCGCCUCACUCAGAAGCCAAAUGGCAAAAUUGGACGUGACUUGCGUUUCCUCGACUGCUUGAAGUUCUUUGCUAUGUUCUUGGUAAUAUUUGCGCACACGAAUUGGGUAAUUUAUGAGGGCGCUAUAAGCAAUCCGCAGGAUCCAGAACGUCUUCUGCACACUCCUGCAGGAACGCUUCUUAUCUCUGGCUCGCUUGUAACUGUUACGUUCUUUGUAAUCAGCGGUCUACUUCUCACCAUUAAUUGGUUGGCUGUAGUACGUGACGAUGCUUCGUCCAAGAAUCAUACUGAGCGUUGGGGCGUUACCAAAUACGUUAGCGUCUUUGUAAAGUUUAAUAUUUUCCGAUACAUACGUCUAGCAGUACCGUAUGGCAUCGUAAUACUUUUAAGCGGUGUUUAUUUCAAGAAUACAGGCGGUCCCCUCUGGCGGCACAUUUACGAACGGGAGCAGCUGGCUUGCCGCAAGAACUGGUGGGCCAAUAUGCUCUUCAUUAACAACAUUGUGGGCACCAAUGAAAGAUGCUUACUUCAGGGCUGGUAUCUAGCAGCAGAUACUCAAUCAUUUGUAUUGAGUCUGGCGCUACUCAUGUGUAGUCAUCGGUUUGGACGCUGGAGCAAGUUUAUAUAUGUUGUGACUUCGAUCAUCUUUAUGGCUCUGCCAGCCGUGCUAACUUAUACACUGGAUUACUAUCCCAUAUUUCUGCCCACACCACAAACACAAAAGAACUCGUUUAUAGAGGAUCGUCAAUUUACUAAAUUCUAUACGUCAUUUUAUAUGAACUUCGGUGCAUAUUUCUAUGGCGUCUUGGCGGCUCUUAUAUACAAUCAAAUCACCAUGAAACAGUACAAGCUUCAUAAUCUGUAUAGCUUCCAAGUUCUUUGGUUUGCUUUGAUUCCAGCUGGCGUAAUCUGGUUAUUCACGGCACAUCCUAUAUAUCAGCAUUAUUUCACUAAUAUUCCAAUUAUUUGGGGUGCCAUCUAUGCUGGCGCUCAACGUAAUUUAUGGGCAUUUGGUCUGGCAAUAUUUGUAGUGGGUAUGGCCGGCAAGGUGGGAUGGGUUCUACGAAAAUUCGCCUGUUUACCUAUAUUCCGCAUUUUGGGUCGCCUCACGUAUGGCGCCUUUUUGUUACACCUGCUGGUAGCACGUAUGGUAUUAGCGACAGUUCGAGAACCAAUUUUUGUCAGCGCCGGUACAAUGUCUGCAUUUUUUUUUUAUGUUCUAUGCGUCUCGUACCUAAGCUCGUUCCUUUUGGCUAUUUUCGUGGAGUUACCAUUAUCAUCGUGCCUAAAGCUGAUGCGCUAAACAAGCUUAAGCCACUGAACUCAAUAACCGAAUAGUAAUUUGUGUAAAGCUCGAACUGAGCUUAAUAAAGAAUAAAAACAUAAAUAUAUCUUACUACAUACCUUGUAAAGUGAGGGUUGACAAAUUUAUUCCCGGUAUAAAGAAAAAUACAGAGGGU